GUGAUAGUGCACUGCGCGUCAAAAGACAGCGACCUCGGAGGCCACCUCCUCGAUUUCAACGCUUCCGAGGGAUGGAAUUUCGAGCCGAACUACUUCGGAGGGACGUUGUUCUGGUGCAACGACGCGUUUCAAGAUGGCCGCCUUUCGCUCGUGGCGUACAAUCAGGAGAGCGAUCUGACUCAGUUCCAGUACUGGCCUGAGGCUGGACAACCCGCCCGCGAAAUGCUCUUCAGGGGCAGGAGCUCGCUCGUAACACGCCACCCCAUGGCAGAGCGAGACUCCGAAUUUCAAACGCAUCCCGGGACAUGGGUUGAUCUAAACGCCCCCGAGCCUGGACAACCCGCUUGCGGAACGCUCUUCAAGUGCAGUAGCUCGCUCAUAACACGCCACCCCGAGGCAGAGCGAGACUCCGAAUUUUAA